UACACACACAAAUGUUUUAUUAAAAGAACAUGAAAUUCCAGGUUAGACAUCGGCCCAUUUCCCUUAUAAUUCCCCUUAUCUGUAUAAUACCAUAAUUUAAUGAAAAUAAAUCAUAAUAACAGUAAUUAUCAUUGUGAACUUGUAUUUUUCAUCAUCUUAUGCUGUAUUAUGAUUUUUGGCAAGUACAAUCUAAAAUUGUCAACCCUGUUGCCAUAUGUUUGAAAAAAAAAACUGGAUAUUUGCAGAAAGAUAUCUUGUAGUUUCAAGAUUUUAAGAGCAAUGUAAUAUUUAGCAUACAACUCAACUCUGUUAUUCUUAUACAUAACAUUUCAGCCUCAUGGCACAUCCCACUUUAUUAACAUUAACAUUUUCUUAGAAUGUUUACAAUCCUACAACAAUCAAAAUGUUACCCCAUCAAAAAUAAACUAGUAUUUAUUGUGCAAUUUUGCAUAACUGAUUUGUUUCAUAAAGUUCAACUUCAAAGUUUGGCAUAUGCUGAAAGAAGAAAAUAUUAUGCUGUAACAAUCAGCUUUCUUUCCACAUUAAACACAAACAGACCCCAAAUCACUUUUCUACUGUUUUCCAACUCUUUGAAACCCCCCCCCCAAACUCAGCCCCAAAUCAUAAUGUUGCACUUGAGGGGAGAAAGUUUCUAGACUUCCAAGUGUCACCUGAUAAAUUUCGGUGGGCAAACUAUUACAAUGCUCUCCCCACCCCCCUAUGAAGUAUGAAGACCGCCCACCACAGGCAUCCAACUCGAGACCCCAUAUAGAUUUAAAAAGCGAGACGGAUUCGGUGUGUAUGACAGUCAGUGAGUGCAAAGCAUCGGGAGAACAUCUGUCCGUCUGUAGCCCGUCUGUCUCCAACGCGCGUCUCCACUUUUUCUAGGGAUGCUACAGUUACCGCAGCUCCGCCAGAGCGUGAUCGCGCUUCUCAUAUGGUUCGCGCACUUGAUGGAACAGCAGAAAGUACAAGCUGGGAACUGCUGGCUUCAGCAGGGCAAGAAUGGGAGAUGCCAGGUUCUCUACAUGUCUGGGAUGAGUCGGGAAGACUGUUGUAGAAGUGGUCGUUUGGGCACAGCGUGGACCGAGGAGGAUGUACCCAAUAACACGCUCUUCCGGUGGCUGAUCUUCAAUGGCGGUGCACCGAAUUGCAUCCCUUGUAAAGAGACUUGUGAUAAUGUGGACUGUGGUCCUGGAAAGAGGUGCAAAAUGAACAAGCGGAAUAAACCUCGCUGCGUAUGUGCCCCAGACUGCUCCAAUGUCACCUUUAAAGGGCCAGUGUGUGGCUCUGAUGGGAAAACAUACCGGAACGAAUGUGCCCUUCUUAGGGCUAAGUGCAAGAGACACCCUGACCUGACUGCGCAGUACCAGGGAAAAUGCAAAAAAUCAUGCGAUGAUGUGCAAUGUCCUGGAAACUUGAAGUGUGUACUGGACCAGACCAACAACGCCUACUGUGUGACCUGCAACCGACUUUGCCCCGAGGUGACCUCACCGGAGCAGUACCUGUGUGGGAACGACGGGAUUGUGUACCCCAGCGCCUGCCAUAUCCGAAGGGCCACGUGCAUCAUGGGAUGGUCCAUUGGAGUCGCCUACGAGGGGAAAUGCAUAGACGCCAGGUCCUGUGAAGAUAUCAAAUGCCGGGAGGGACGGAAGUGUCUUUGGGACAAGCGGACGGGACGGGGACGCUGCGUGGUGUGCGAGGAGACCUGUCCCGAGAGUCGUCCGGGCGACAGCGUCUGCGCCGGCGACAACGCCACUUACCCGAGCGAGUGCGCCAUGAGGCAGGCCGCCUGCUCUUUGGGUCUUGUCCUGGAAGUCAAACACUCGGGCUCCUGCAACUCUCUCUCUGAAGAGACGGAUGAAGAGGAGGAUGAUGAAGAUGACACGGAUUAUAGCCAUGAAUCUCUGUUACUGACUGGAUAAACCACCGUCAACAGCAGGACUCCAUUUGAGCACAGAGUCGUGUUCAUGUUGUACAGACGCGGACUCUUAUUUAUUUUCCACAGCCACGUGGAAGAUGCUUAUUGUUGUAGAUGUUUAUUUAUACUUGGUUUUUUUUUUUUGUGCCUUUUUUAUUUAUACAUUUAUAGUCCAAAUAAAUGAUCUCUCUCGUCUUUCCUUUGUCGUCUUUGAAAGAAUAUUAUUUAUUAUAAUGUGCAAUGUUACUCUAUGUAAGAUAAAUGUGUUUUGAAAAGUGUUACAUUUUGUGAAGCUAAAAAAAAAAUCAAAAGAAGAAAAAAAGAGAAUAGUUUUCAUCAUUUCCCCAAAUGAAAUCUGCAGCGAAACAUGCAUGUGUUUUAUUUAUCAAUCUAAUGUUCACUAAUACAUGUACUUUGUAGAUCUGGAUUACAAUCAAAGCUGACAAAAACGGCUUUGUCAGUCAAAUCUGUGUCUGAUUUGUUUUCACUCUGACACCAAAAAUUUGAUUUGUUUUACAGAAAUCAUGUUAAUUUUAGUGUUUUCUAAAAAGCGAAAUAUACCCGUUUUUGCUAAUAUUUUUCUGUUUUUAUGUGGGUGCUCAGACAGAGCAGUUUAUCGUAUGUUGUAUAAAAUUAACCAUAUCAACUUUAGCAUUGUUUUCUUUCCAUAUAUUGUUUGUCCUUUUAUUUUAGAGAUCCAGCUAUAAAUUUCUAGUUUUGUAUUUGUAUGUAAAUGUUUAAUGUAUAUAAAGUUAAUGAUGUAAAGAUGCAAUAUAAAAAGUAAAAAUUGAACCAAA